AUGCGUGUUGACACAACGCUAUCGCUCCUUCUGGCAUCGCUCGUGGCUAUACCCGCGUCGGUGCUCGCCCUGCCCAUUGGCUCCCAAGGUGCGGACCUUCAGGAGCGUGGGUUCGAGUACGAUGCGGAGGUCAUGGCGCGUGCCGUGGUCGAUGCGCUCGAGGGUCGGGAGGUCACCCGGGUGUGGCACGAGGCGCGCGCACCUAUGCCAUCGAACCCACCGUCUUACAGCAAACACGACCCGAUCAACGGUGCUAAGCCCGGCUAUUCGCAGAAGGACCCUGCGCCCAUCCCCAAGUACCGCCAGAAGGACCCGCACAAGCCCAAGCAGAAGCCGAAGGGGUCCAAGUUCUGGGAGACACCGCCCCGCUCGCUCGAUGAGCUAGAGGAGCUGGAAGCCCGCGAGCCGUCGAGCUUGCGCUGGUGGGAGGCGCGUCACCGUGCACCCUACGAUGUCGGUAACCCGCGGGUAUCCCUGUACCGCAUAGGUCACAUAGGGAAAAGGCGCGUUGAUUAG